CUUUCAGUUCAGAGCACAUUGUCGGGGCAAUUGUUCUUACGAGAAAGUAUAACAAAAGAUUCCUGGGGAAAUUGUGGCGGCUCAUGUGAACUGGAGGUUUAAUUGGGAGUAUGUAAUACGACUGGAAGAUCAUAGUGUGAAUCCAGUUUGCCUGUUGCUGAGGACAUUAGAUGUUAUAAGUGCAGUGGCAAAGUGGAAUAAAUCAAUUGAUUUGAGGAAUUGGGGAGCUUUCACGAUGGCAUAAACCAAAUCGGAUUAUAAAAUCGAAUUUUAAUAAAGUGUUAUAGUAACAAUAAAUCAUCGUCACCUUAAGUAUAAAUUAAUAUCACAGAUAAAAGUUUUGAGUUUCAAGGAUUUGUAGACUAAUUAUUUGUCAUAUUAGAUACUGAGUAAAUUAUCCUGGUGAUCUGUAAUUUCUAUUAUCGCAAUUUGUUGCAGAUAGAUUCCAGGGCAUGUGCGACAUGUGCCGGCGAAUUAAAACUUUUCUUUCUCUGUGAUCAUAAUUUCAAGUAUUUAAUCGCGGAAUAAAGCCUUUAAAAAAUAGUGCAUCGUAAAAGAAUCAAUUGAAGAAUAAAGACAAUAGUUUUCAACUGCCAUGAGAGUGUCACAGUUUCCACUGGCCACUGGAUAUGAAGAAUCACAUGGAUAGAACCCUGAACAUUCCAGGAAACCGAGUUUAUCUCAUUUUCCUACUUUUAUUAUCAACUCUCUUGAAUAAUGCCCACAGCCUGGAUCUCACAAUUGACAACCGGCUUCUCGUCGUUCCUCCCGAUUGUUACACUAGGGUAUCAAUUGGCUCUCGUCUCGUUGAUUCCUUAGUUAUUUCAACAAUUCAAGCGAAUGCUGCUGGGGAUUGCGAAGCCGCUUGUUCGACCAACGGCACUUCCUGUGGCUCCUUUAGUUUCGGAGUCGGAAAUAGAGGGAAUGGGUCCUGUGUCCUGGGAAGCCGAUCACCUCAAGGCCCAAUGGAUAUUCAACGAGACCCUAAUUAUGAUGUUUAUGGCAAAGGAAAAAUUUCGCUGAGGGGGUGCCAAACGACAGUUGGCAUGCCCACCACAACUCCAAUUACUUCAGUACCUCCAAUGGCCCAGAAUGGUCCAGGAAUGCCUGGAAAUGGAGUUGGACAGCUCAACAUUAAUUCAGAUAGAGCUCAGCGAUUGUUCGGGAAUAAUAGUCUUUUGACUGCCUUUGAGAAUUCCGUAUUCAAUCGAAACAGGAAUAAUCGCAGUGGAAUCGUACGAAUUAUUAGCAGACCAACCGCCCCUUUUGAUUUCAUGAGUGACGAUCAACUCAGAACUUCUGAUAUUCUUCAUAACAAGAAGAAUUAUAGGAGUGAUGGGCAUGAGGAGAAAUUAGAUGAGGGAAAGACGAAAUUCGAGACCUGGAGCAACGAAAAGUCGCAUGAAAAAUGGAAAAAUAGGGUUCCAUUCGACUGGCAAGAAGGGGUUUACAACUUGAAGCCCUAUCCAAUCGGUUCUCACAACCCCUUCCAUCGCCCUUACUACAAUAAUUUUGAAGACCACAAUGGUAACUCCGAUUUAUUCAUAAUUGAGGAGCAGAAAUUCGGGGACACCUUCGGGAGAAGAUUAAUUCCUCAAAAAAUUUUUGGGGAGUUCCCAGUGUCAACGGUUUUAAAAAAGGAAAAACCUCAAGAUGAUGAUAAUGAUUACGUCAGUGCACUCGAUGAUACUUUGGGAUUCGGCCAGAGGUUGACUGAUGCCCAUGAUUUUUGGAUUGAUCCAAGUGCAUCAAUAAAACGUCCGUCAAUCCAUCAAAACGAUGUACCUGAUCCGAGCGCAUACGAGCCGACAAAUGAGGUAAAAGCAUGUUUUCGACGAUUGUUAUCCGGCAAAAGAAUCAUCGAUUCCUACGUAAAACGAGUGAUGGAGUGCGAGAGGCUACUUGAUUGUCACCGGAUGUGCGAGUACGAGAGAGGAUUCACAUGUGAGGGUUUUAAUUACCGACCUUACCCAGCCGCAAAGGGAAUGUGCGAGUUGGUGUCGAUGCCACCGAGCCGAGUGGACGUAAACCGAGACUUUAUAACCGAUCCCCGGUACGACUACUACGAGAGGGACUGGACGAGACGGAGAUGUGAGUCCCGGAGGGACAAGCUAGGACCAGAUGCCCCAGGAGCCCCCGAGAAUUGGUGGGGAGGAGAUACCGGGGGGCACAGGCCAGGCUGGACAGCUCCAAGAGAUCCAGGAAGUCGCUACAUCCCUCCAGGAAUCACCCCGGCCCCACCAAUGAGUCCUGGCUCCCCUCCUUAUGGGGGCACCUUUGUGGGGCAGACGAAACUGACCUUCGACGUCCCCCGACCCACCGAUCAUGACCACAGACAUCCCGAUCCCUGGCUAAGACCUGGUCCCAAUGAUGUCAUCAGACCCACACAUCGUCCUCAGUUCCCUGCGAGACCCCUCGAGGACAACUGGAGGUCCUUUCCCCAGACGAGAUCCAGACCCGAUGACUUUCAUCAGGAUGAGGCCCGGCGAUCCAUGAUGGGAUUUCCUCGAUAUCUGCCUUCCAGACCCUCCGAUGCUGGGUACAGUGGCAAUGGGUACUCCUAUGGAAGACCUGGAGAUGGAAUGUGGAUGGAUGCAGGGGGGAGAUAUGGACACAAGUAUCCUAUGAGGAGGAUUGGAUACACUCCCGAUCCAGCUACGAACGAAGUUUCGCCCCAUUACAUCCCCGACCGGGCGAAACCACCGAAACCCGACUCCUCCGAGAGGUAUGGCCCCUCUUACGGAAGGUACCCAUAUGACUCAGGACCCCCCAAGUCCCCGAUAAGGCCGUUGAGCCCCGAACCGUCCUAUCCAAAAACUCCUCUAGAGCAAGACUCGAAUUAUGGACCACUCUACAGUUAUGGGGGUGCCUAUGGGUACUCUGGAAGACCCGUAGCCCCCAAAAUAUCACCCGCAGCUCCUCGCAGGGACUGCUCAGUCAGAUCUGCUGGAGGCUUUCGACUCGCAAGGGGCAUUAUCAGGAAGAGCUAUCUCACCGCUAAUUUAGGACAAUGUGAGAGCUUGUGUCAGAGUCAAAAAGAAUUUACUUGUUUGACAUUUGCUUAUAGAUAUAAUCUAGCCGCAACAGCACCCUCGGACAACUGCCUCCUCUCGGAUGCGCCCUUCGAGAAUCUAGUUUUCUACACUGACCUCGAGCCAGACCGAGAUUACGACAUCUACGCGAUGGCAAAGGCAAAGUGGUGUGAGACCCACAGAAGUCUACCUUCCACUCCCAGACGACCGCGUCCACCGGAUGAGUGUUUUUGGAGGGUCAGAACUGGAUUUGGAAUGCCCCCCUCGGUGGUGAAGAAGCCUACGAGGGUGGAGGGAAUGGGGAAGUGCCAAGUUGAGUGCGUUCGCGCGAGUGAUUUCACUUGCAGAAGUUUUGUCUUCAGAUACGAUUCUCACUCGGUGGAUGGCCUCCCCAAUUGCUACUUGAGUGACUGGCCAGCUGUCGAAAUGGAUCCCCACAAAAUGCAGGACAUGGAUGGAGCCGAACUCUACGAAAGAGGUAGUUUUGGUCGUGGUUGUGAGCCACGUCCCCCUAUUCACUCACCAGACCCGUCAGCACCAAAUCGUCCACCCCUAGACUACAAACCCUCGCGCACCGAUGAAGCCUGCUAUGCUGGUUACGACAGACCCUGCAAACUAACACCUUACGCUAUUAUAUUGACGGCUAAGGUGAGCUCAGAGGCUGAUUGCCGGCGGAAAUGCACUGUCAUGAGGGAAAAUACAGGAAGGGACUCACCACCCUGUAUGUCCUUUAGUUAUAAAAUUUCUGGUGACUUUGAUGGAGACAACUGCCACAUGAGUGAUGUACCAACUCGAGACCUCCGUCCAGGUCUCGACUACACACACGAUGAAAACUACUCCCUCUACGUCUUCAAAGAGCUCGAGCCCAAGUGUUCAGCCCUGGACGACUACGAAACUCCUAGCUAUAGUCUACCAACCCCCGCAGACCUUCCAUCUGCGUCACAAGAUUCCAAACCCUACGAUAAGCCAGUCGACCCUUAUUACCACGAAAUAAACGUUCCAGACCACAACAAACCAGGAGAUUCAGACCUGGGAUACCACUAUCCCCCGCCCCAUACCAAGCCGAGCUUCUCCCAGGACGAGAGGUUCUUCUUUCCCCCUGAGCUAACAGUCUUCAAUCACUACACAGUAAACGGUCAUCCCUGCAAAAGAGGGACGAAAUGUGAGAGGCACCCGGAGGCUGGAUUCUGGUCCUGUCAAACUGAGGACUCUGAACCAGACUCCUGGGACUACUGUUGCGAGCCCUCGCAUCAGUGUGGUUUCUCCCAGGGGUUCAAGUACCCCUGGUGCUAUGUGGGAGCCUCCACGGAACAGUGGAGACCAUGCAGUGAGUGGUACUUCCCGUACUCUUCGAAACCGACGAGACCGAGGCCUUCUAGACCUAUUUCUCCUAGACCUCAUUUUGGAAAGUGCGAGUACGAGGUGGAAUGCGGAGGGAGACAUUGGCCAGUGGCUGUGCUUCAUGGAGAAGCUCCACCAACCCAUGGCUGGGAAACAUCACCCGGUCCUAUCCCAAACGGCACAGACUCAGUGGCGCUAGCCAAUAAUCACGAUCAUCGCAAAUCAAACGACUCUGCUGAAGUCCCACCUGCAGUGAAAUCGAUUGGAGAACCCAAAAAUGGUACCAAUUCGUCCACUACAAGUGUGAAGAAAAGGAGAACUGAAGAAGUUCACCUGCUGCCUUUGAAAAUUUUCCCCGGCAGCAGGGCUAGUGAAAUCGAGUACCAAAGAGCAAAUUCCAGAUUCAAACUCCUUCACACCUCCAACUCUUCGCUGACUCCGACCUCCAGGGAUGCCGACAGCCCCCAGUUUUAUAUCACAAAGAGGCUGAACGCAGCCCUGUCUACCCCGGAGAUCGGUACACCAAAGACCAGAGGAGCAAUUGGAAAAAUCGAGAGGAUAGAGAGACCCAAAGAAAAGAGGGAGGAGAAUCAACGACUCGUCACAGUGACAAGCAGACCACAACAAGUUGAACCUGACGAUGUGAAAAUUCACGUUCCAAUAAUAUCUGUUGUUGUGUCUAAUGCCACAUCCGUUAUUCCCAAUUCUACGAAGCACUGGGUGAGAAUGGAAACUAUUAGCAGUGAAACGGAUCAGUCUAGGGCCGUGUGAUGUGCGCUUUAAUAAUUAUUAUUUUAAUUUAAACAGGCGGAAAUUUUGUUAGAAAUUGCAUGAGAAUUUCUGGACAACGAAACUACUUAGAUUUUAGAUUAUUCGAUAGUUUUUUUAAUUGAGUGAUGGAUAGUUUUUCUGUAAGGGCAAGACAAUUAAAACCGACAAUUUUUCAACGUUGACAA